AUGUCGAUAUUCUUCAAAGCUCCACUAGACAUCGAGAUAAAGCUAGAGAAUGAAGAUAGUAGGAAACACAUAGAAUUGAAAACCCCACAAGGUCGAAUCGAAAAGCUCCCCAUCUACAAAGAUGGUGAGUCCGUCAAGGGAAGUGUUACAGUGAGGACGAAAGAAGGUAGGAAAGUAGAUCACAUGGGUGUUAAAGUGCAGUUAUUAGGAGUCAUUGAUAUAAAUACAGACGGCUCGGUAAGUGACGAAUUUUUAUCUAUGGCUACUGAAUUGGCUGCACCAUCGCAAUUAACACAUCCAGAAACUUAUCCUUUUGAAUUUAAAAAUGUCGAAAAGCAGUAUGAAAGUUAUAGAGGCAAAAACGUAAGGUUGAGAUAUUAUAUUAGAGUAAUUGUAUCAAGAAAAUCUGCAUCUGAGAUCUUAAGAGAGAAGGAGCUAUGGGUUUACCAAUUAGCAUCUCCACCAAUUUCGAACAAAGACGCACCAACGGUGAAAAUGGACGUAGGGAUUGCUGACUGUCUACAUAUUGAAUUUGAAUACCUGAAGUCUAGAUUCUCAUUAAAGGAUGUCAUUGUCGGUAGGAUCUAUUUUUUGUUGGUCAGAUUAAAAAUAAAACAUAUGGAGUUAUCAUUGGUUAGGAGGGAAACAGUAGGUGCACCCCCGAACCAGAUAACUGAUAGUGAGACAGUUGUAAGAUUCGAGAUAAUGGAUGGUGCUCCUGUCAAAGGGGAGACGAUACCGAUUAGAUUAUUUUUAGGAGGAUAUAACCUUACUCCAACUUACAAGGACGUCAACAAAAAAUUUUCCACCAGGACUUAUUUAUCUCUAGUGUUGAUUGACGAAGAUGCAAGAAGGUACUUCAAACAGAGUGAGGUAAUUCUAUACAGAGAUUCGUAA